CUUAAGCAUUCCGGUCAAUCGAUCUUCAAAACAAGCAAGGUUGUUAUUUCAGUUCCAAUACAGUGUUUACCUCCAUUAAUACUAAAAUAAUAAUUGUAUUGCAUUGGAGUUAAGAGACAGGACGCGUGGUCGAACAUGUGCAUUUAAGUUUAACUUUGUGAACAUACAGAAGUUUCCUGUGUGUAAAAAGGAUUUCAUACAUCCCACCACAUGGACGCUGUAUCCUAAUAACGAAGAUAAUUAUAACUAUUUCCAGAUUUUAAUUGACCAGUAUGUAGUACCUGCGAAAGAAACGGCAAAAUGGACAGUACGACUCCCUCGUCGACGGCCGCCCAGCGCACGGGUGCUCUGUUGUUGGCGGUGACGACUGUUGUGCACGUAGUCGGCUAUAGCACGAACUACUGGAGGGGCGUCCGGAUAGACUUGUUUAACUUCCAGUUCGAGAGUUUCUCGGGGCUUUGGAAACAUUGUUACUGCUCGGGUACCUGCGGCUGUGAGAAUGUGGGCACGGACUUGCCAGACAAACCUAUUUUCGGGUUGCAGACGGUGCGAGCUGAGGUGGAUAAAUUCGGAGGAAGUAUUUCAGACUGGAUGCGGACGGUGCAGAUACUGGAGUCGGUAGGAUUGUGCAGUCUCGUGCUCACGGCUGUUCUGGUCGCCUUGACGAUGAAGUCCGCCCGCUGUAACAUCCUCCGACCAUUCUCCGCAAUAGCAGCAUUAAGUUCAGCGGCGCUAAUUCUCGUUGGCCUAGUGAUCUAUGGCUCCCAUGUGAAUGGCGAACUCCACUAUUCGUUCGGCCUGUGUUGUGCCGGAGUUGUGUUUGCCUUUAUCACGUCCCUGCUGCUAACGGCGGACGCCCGGGCGCCGCGAGAGCGCCACCUACCGGAAAAGCACGUCCAAAUGGCCUAUAGCACGGACCAGCACACGCAGAUGGCGGAAAUGCAUUGCGCGGGAAAAUGGGACCCUAACUUACCCGGACCAUCUCAUAGUGCUGAGAUAAGCCACUCGUUUUGAAAUGAUUGGAUGGAACAGAGACUUUCGUGGCUUUUGUGGAACGAAAUUUGGGUGCAUGUACCGCUCGUGAUAUGUGGAUGUAUGUGUAGGUGUAUGUUCCGCUCGUGAUAUGUGGGUGUAUGUGUGGGUGUAUACACCGCCCGUGAUAUGUGGGUUUAUGUGUGGGUGUACAUACCGCCCGGGAUAUGUGUGGCUGUAUGUGUGGGUGUAUAUACCGCCCCUGAUAUGUGGGUGUAUGUGUGGGUGUAUGUACCGCCCGUGAUAUGUGGGUGUAUGUGUGGGUGUAUGUACCGCCCGUGAUAUGUGGGUGUAUGUACCGCUUGUGAUAUGUGGGUGUAUGUGUGGGUGUAUGUACCGCCCCUGAUAUGUGGGUGUAUGUACCGCUUGUAAUAUGUGGGUGUAUGUACCGCUUGUAAUAUGUGGGUGUAUGUGAGGGUGAAUGUACCGCCCGUGAUAUGUGGGUGUAUGUACCGCCCGUGAUAUGUGGGUGUAUGUGUGGGUGUAUGUACCGCCCGUGAUAUGUGGGUGUAUGCGUGGGUGUAUGCACCGCCCGUGAUAUGUGGGUUUAUGUGUGGUGUAUGUACCACCCGUGAUAUGUGGGUGUAUGAGUGGGUGUAUGUACCGCCCGUGAUAUGUGGGUGUAUGUGUGGUGUAUGUACCGCCCGUGAUAUGUGGGUGUAUGUGUGGGUGUAUGUACCGCCCGUGAUAUGUGGGUGUAUGUGUGGGUGUAUGUACCGCCCGUGAUAUGUGGGUGUAUGAGUGGGUGUAUGUACUACCCGCGAUAUGUAUGUGUAUGUGUGGGUGUAUGUGUGGGUGUACAUACCGCCCGUGAUAUGUGGGUGUAUGUGUGGGUGUAUGUACUACCCGUGAUAUGUGGGUGUAUGAGUGGGUGUAUGUACCGCCCGUGAUAUGUGGGUGUAUGUGUGGGUGUAUGUACCGCCCGUGAUAUGUGGGUGUAUGUGUGGGUGUAUGUACUACCCGUGAUAUGUGGGUGUAUGUGUGGGUGUAUGCACCGCCCGUGAUAUGUGGGUGUAUGUGUGGGUGUAUGCACCGCCCGUGAUAUGUGGGUUUAUGUGUGGUGUAUGUACCACCCUUGAUAUGUGGGUGUAUGUGUGGGUGUAUGCACCGCCCGUGAUAUGUGGGUGUAUAUGUGGUGUAUGCACCGCCCGUGAUAUGUGGGUAUAUGUGUGGGUGUAUGGCCGCCCGUGAUAUGUGGGUGUAUGUGUGGGUGUAUGCACCGCCCGUGAUAUGUGGGUGUAUGUGUGGUGUAUGCACCGCCCGUGAUAUGUAGGUGUAUGUGUGGGUGUAUGCACCGCCCGUGAUAUGUAGAGGUAUGCACCGCCCGUGAUAUGUGGGUGUAUGUGUGGGUGUAUGCACCGCCCGUGAUAUGUGGGUGUAUGUGUGGGUGUAUGUACCGCCCGUGAUAUGUAGAGGUAUGCACCGCCAGUGAUAUGUGGGUGUAUGUGUGGGUGUAUGUACCGCUCGUGAUAUUAGGGUAUUGGUACCAUUCGUGACAUAUAUACAGUGUAUAAUCAACGACUUUUUAUCAUUGUUUUUCAUCCUUAUUAAAACUCAAUUCCUUUCAAGGACCGACCGGUGACUGAACUUAUUAUUCGGGAUUUGUAUCAGUUAAUUGUGCAUUCGGAGCUCCUCGGCCAUUUUUAUCGAAAACAACCUCGGAUGUAUUCAGGUUCAUCAGUUCAAGUAGUUCGUAAAUGUAUGAAUUAUAUCAUUAAUUAAAUGAAGUGUUUUAGAGUUGUAUUAAUUGACCUAAGUUUAAAUUGAUUGCCAGCGAAGUGUAUUGUAGCAAACAUAAUUAAGAUUCCCAAGAGUUAAGUCAUAAAGUUUAAUUACUACGCGAUCUACUUGCAGCGGACUUGAACGUAGCACUUUUUGAGUAUGUAAACCGUCCAAGUACAUAUAAGGUUGCUUUCGAUAAAUAUGGCCGAGGAGCUCCAAAUGUUAGUUGUGGUCGCAAGUGCCUUCCAUUGCAAUGAAUGAGGGGAAACUGUAAUAUGAUACCCUGUAUACCACACCUGCUUUACAAUACAGAAUGACUAUUAUAUUUAGUAAUAAUGAAUUGUAAUUGACUUAUGCACCAGUCAGUUGCAACCACGCCCCCCUCCCCUCAAGUCCGGGUUACACCGGGGAUACCGGAGGAAAUGCUCCCUCACCCCCCAGUGCAGAGUGAAUGCGGCGGUUUUGCUUCCACGCCGAAAAUAGCUGCAAAUGGGCCUUACCUAUGAUUUCCCCGGGGUGCGGGGGCAUUUGGCGGAAUUUUACCAGCAGUUUGUCCCCGCAGGGCGGGGAUUUUACCCUAGAUUGGCUGGACCGAACGUCAUAGUUCCCGCUAUAAUCCGGACCUGGGGGGCCGUGGUUAGAAUUGGCUGGUGCAUUAUGCAUACAGGGUAAAGCAAAAGUUGUGCUCAUUUUAAAUACAAUGAUGUAAAUUGGUAUGUUGCAUGUUACAUUUUGCAUUUCAUUAUAAACUUCCCUUUUUACUUGCCCUAAAGCUUAAAAGGUCAUUUUUAUCUUUAGCCAGUUUACAGGUAAUAAAUUAUAUGUGAAA